UAGCACCGCUACGAGCAAAUGACAGGGGACUCUAGCCUUUGAUAACUUAUUGAUCGACAUUUGUCGCCCGCUAUUGCAUGUUUAAUCGCAGAAAAACGUGAGUGAGAACAACGUUGUGAACGGAAAAUGGCGCCCGAUUCACAUGGCUAGUGUUGCGAUGUGUCAGGUGUCUCGUCCUGCGAAAUUGCAGCGCCAGCCGUGCCUCAGUGUGACCCCGUGCGCAUAGGACGCUGGUUCGUUGUCAGGACACCACUGUUACUCGCAGACAAUUAGUUAUAGUAAUGCAACAUCACGCAAGCUACGUUCGUUAUUGCAUCUGUAAAGGUGCAUAGCUGAGCUGGAUUUUAAACAUUCACAAUGGCAGCCGCCAGGGAGGUGCAAGAGGCUGCUGCUACGGAUGCUGGGGAAGGGACCACGGUGACUCUGGUGGCCGGGGACACGCGGCUGGUGGCGGACAGGGCCGUCCUGGCAGACAGGAGCCCCGUGUUCGCCGCCAUGCUCUGCCAGGACACGCCGGAGGCCAACAGCAGUGUCGUCACCGUCCCCGACGUCGAGGGCCCGGUGCUGCACCAGCUGCUGGCCUACAUGAACUCCCUCCAUGCUCCCGAGAUGCCCCGCAUGGCCCCACAACUCCUGGCAGCUGCAGACAGGUACGGCGUGUGGGGGCUGAAGGUCCAGUGUGAGGAGCAGCUGGCCAGUCAGCUGUCAGCAGAGAACGCGGCGCGCACGGCGGUGCUGGCAGUGAGGUACUCCUGUCCCAGCCUCGCUGAGGUCGCUGUCGCCUUCAUAAAAGCCAACUCGCUGGUGUUUGCCACAGCGGGUUGGGCCGAUGCGGUCCUCAACCACCCUGAUGAGGUGGUCAAAGUGAGUCAGUUGCUCGGUGGGCCACUAACAGAAACCAG